GACAAAAAUAGAAAUAUUGAUGUGGAUGUUUACUGUAAUGGAUUUUAAAGAUUUCAGGCAAGCUGUUUUUCAGUUGAGUUCGGUUGGAAAUGACAAAAUGCAACAUCAGCGGACGUCCUAACUUGAAGAUUGUAAAUUUCAUCAAAAAACAUGCAAGAACCAACAACUUCAGAGGAAACAGGGACACUUCCAGGAAAAAUUUUUAAUGAUCCUAUAUGGGGUCCAAUAAAGAUGAAUCCUGUCUGCGUCAAGAUUAUCGACACUCCUGAGUUUCAAAGACUGAGAUUUAUAAAACAACUUGGAGGCUGUUCAUUUGUUUAUCCUGGUGCAUGCCAUACAAGAUUUGAGCACUCCAUUGGAACAUCGUAUCUAGCAGGACUUCUUGUUCGAACUCUCAAGGAUAACAUGUCUACAGAUCCAGGAUAUAAAAAUAUUAAUAAAAAUAUAUCUAUAGACGAAAAAGAUAUCCUGUGUGUAGAGAUUGCUGGGCUUUGCCACGAUUUAGGCCAUGGGGCGUUCUCACACUUGUUUGACUCGAUGUUUAUCCCUAGGAUGAAAGGAAAUUCAGAAUGGAAGCAUGAGGAGGCUUCCAUAAAGAUGCUUGAUAGGAUCUUCGACCAAAACAUGCAUGGUCUUCAAGAAUAUGCAAAAAUAUAUGGACUUGACCUGAAGAAAAAUUCAAAAGAUAGGCAAUUUAUUAAGGACUUAAUAAAGGGGAAGAAGAUCAAAAACAAAAUAGAUGCAAAAAAGGACUUUCUUUACGAGAUAGUUGCCAAUGAAGAGAAUAAAAUUGACGUAGAUAAAUGGGAUUACUUCUCUAGAGACUGUCAUAUGCUGGGUCUGACGCAUAACUUUCAGAUUAUGCGGAGCAUAAUGCUGGCUCGUGUCAUCAAAAAGAAGCGGGGACAUCGCAUUUCGUUUCCCGGAACGGAAUAUAUGAACAUUUUCGAUAUGUACCACGCACGCUAUACCCUCCAUCGCCGUGCUUACCAACAUCCGGUCAACAAAGCUGUUGAACUAAUGAUUACCGAUGCACUGGUUUUGGCUGAUGACAAUCUAACGUACAGCUAUAGAGAGGGGGCCAAACAGAAAAAAACGAAAUUGUCAAACACCAUUAAAAACAUGGAGGCAUAUAGUCUCGUCACAGACGGCGUCAUUGAUCGUAUUCGUUUUGAAAACUUCAAAAAUAAAAAAUUCAAGGAGGCUAAAGAGAUAAUUGAUAGAAUUUUCAGACGUGAUUUGUAUAAAUGUGGUGUGGAGAGAAGAGUUACAAGGGUAGAGGAGGUGAAGUGUAGCGAAAGCAGAGAAAAUAAAGAUAAAAUUAAGAAAUGGGAUAUCCAUAUAGAGCCAACAGUCUUCAGUUACGGAGCUGAAAGAAAAAACCCUAUGGGCAAAGUUUGCUUUAGUAGCGCCGGUAAAACAGUGAAACCAACUGACGAGAAAUCUGCCAUGCUCCCUAGGGUCUUCAAGGAAACUUACUUACGCAUGUACUGGAAAAAAUCCUCUCUAAAAGGGAAUGGAUUCAAAGACGCAAAGGACUGGUUCACAAAUCUAAAAGAAUUCGAAUUGGCUGGAAAGCGAUAUAUCUUUCACAAACCAAAGCAAAAGAAAGUCCGGCGACUUGGCGCCAAGAACAAAGGAACUAGGCGUGCACCGCGCCACCGAUAAAGGGGCAAAACUAGCUCAGUAUAGUUUGGUUUCUUGUGCAACAUUUUACACGUCAUGUAUUGUCCUGAGCAGGAGUUAAACAUUUUUCAUGGUCAAGAAUAGUUAAAAUACGCCCAAAACUUGACGGUAGGAAAAUUACCUGUGUGAUUUUCUUCAUCGUCCUUUACAUCCUGUGGUAUGUAGGGCAGCAACCUGACUGAGCAAAAUAUUUAUUAUCUUUAUUAAAGGGUUUGGCAGCUCUCAGGGUUUUAUAAAGUAUGUGAUAAUUUGAAUUCGAAAAAAUGAGAGUCUUUGUGAAAUUUUAUUUUUGUCACUGAAUUGUUGAUUUUUAGUGGGCUUUUCAGUCAUGUUUCAGCGAUCAUCUAAACACCUGUUCAGGAAGAUUCAGCAACCCUUCCCUCUGUUAACAUUCAGAAACCUUUAAGUCAUGUUGUAGUGAUCUUUCAGACGAGUAUAUUGCAACUGUUUAUGGAAGUUUCAGUUGCGCUUUAGUCAACAUUCACUGUCACUUUAAUUUAUUGACUUGUUUUUUGUUUUACAAGACAAUUUUUGAAGAAAAGUUUCAACGCCCGCCUUAAGUAAACUUUUACUUUACUUUCUCUUAAACAUGCAUGACCGAAAUAAAGCUUAAGUGCAUAACUUUUGAUACUUAAACUUUAUAAACCUUAUAUAGGAAAUUAAAUAAUGAAUUGUUAACAUCACAAGAGAGCAAUAUGAAACAAAAUUUUGAAUGGUACAUUCACUGAUAACUCGUAGAAUUUUUUUGAAACUAAUAGGAGGAAAUAGUCUGAAAUUCUUUUAAUAGAUCUCAAGGUAAUGAAAAGGUUACUUAAACUGAAAUAAACUGCCACGUAACUGAAAGCCCUUUGGAGAAUUGCAGAAUACUGUAGAUUCCUUAUUUUACGCGAGUACUUUAUAUCGCAAAAUGGCCCUUAUGCGUCAAAUCGCGAGAACAAUAAUUCGCAAGUGGACGUUUGAUCAAGAGAUUUUACAUACAUUUCAGCACCAUAAAAAUAAAAGCGAGUAAUUUUAUUUUGCGAGUGGUGCUUCUCGCGAAAUUACGCGAUAAUUAAUUCCUUGUGUAUAUUUGGGAAUCCACAGUUGACAGUGAAUUUAACUGAAACUUGACUGAAUAGACACUGAAUGUUACUAAUUGGUAACUGUUUUAUGACUGGGUGGUAACUGAUAUGUGACUGAAGUGUAGAUGAAAUAUGACUGAAUGAACAAUAAAAUAUGACUGGAUGGUUCAGUUUGUGAAUUUUCUUUCGAGACUACCACGCUAACCAUUAGACUACACAAGCCCUGAUGAAUAGUGGCAUUUAAAUCAUGUUUGUGAUAUGACCCUUGACUUAUUGGACUUCAAGUAUUUCUCGAAAAGAUGCAAAUGUUAAUUAUAUCAUAAAAGUAUAUUUUUAAGGCAUAGUGGGUCUUUGCUCCAUAUUUUUGUUAACCAAAAAAAUGUAUAUUUUUAUGCAAACUUUGAGGAUUAACUUUACAAAAAAUGAAGCGAAGACCCACUCAUAUCGAAAAAUAGUGUUAUAGUAUGAGAAAAUGACUCUUUUUGCCCUCUUUAGUUUGUGUAUAACAUUUCAGAAGCAAAUAAUUUCAAUCUUUGUGAGAUUUUUGCAAAUUGUAGAGAUUUUACAUAAAGUAUAUUUUAAUGUUAGAUGAAAUAUCAAGGAAACAUUUGAUAAUAUUGAGAUUUAAUUUUUAACCUUAAUGUUUAUCACACUAUAGGCUUUUCACUCGUCAUGUUCACCCAUCUUUUUUAUAACAUUUUCAUCAUUAAUUGAAAUUAACCCAUGUUUUAUGUAUGCAAUAUGUGGUAGAUAUUUGUUUAUACUAGAACAGUUUAUUAAUUGUUGACAAAUAAAUCAUUGUUGGUUGUUUGACUGCCUCUAAA